CCAAACACACCCAACAUCGCGGGACUCAGCGACUCCCCCUCCCCGAACCACACGCAGACACUCGCUCUCCGCAGGGCGAGGCGAUGCGGUUCAUCAGAGGGACCGUCCGGCUGUUCCUCAUCUCUCUCGCCACUCUGUUCGUGUUCCUCAGGGGUGUCCCGACUGGCAAACACGGCGGCAGCAGACAGCAGGAGGGCGAGAGCACGACGCGGGACGCCGGAGCCACGGGCAAACAGGUGAAAAGCCAUUCAAUUUCAAGGCUGGCCCAGGGUCCUGAGAUGACGGCAGAAGAUAACAAGCUAAAGAGCUGGAAGGCCAACAGCCAAGCCCGUCACAAGCGGCGAUGGUCACGCCCAGGACCACAGGACCUCCCGGCACAACCAAAAUACGGGUCCGGCCUGGAGGAAGUGAAUCCUUUCGUCCUGGACCUGAAGAACUUCCCCGACCUAACCAAUGCGGACAUCAAUGCGCAGAAUCCCAACAUUCAGGUGACAAUCGAGGUGGUAGAUGAUCCCCAGGCGGAAAUUGAGAUGGAUCUGCUGAAGGGGAACCGAAAUGACUGGUCCAUCUCCUCGGCUGAGUGGCUGUCUCACAAGGACAUCUUCUGGCCCUUGUUUUGGGAGUAUCCUGACUCGACUGAGGUGGGAAGCUUGGAUUCUGCAAACGGGAUGGAUGGUGACGAAGAUGAGGAUUAUGCGGUGGAAUACGAAGGGGAAGAUACGUUCCUCAGCACGUUGGAUGGGGUUUGGGACAGGAACUGGCCAAUACAGAAGAGCUGGUCCUCUAAGGAGAAGUUCAACUAUGACUACAAGGACGACGGAGACUGGAGUGCCUGGUCCCCCUGCACGGUGACGUGCGGCACCGGCAACCAGAAGCGCACCCGGUCGUGUGGUUACGCCUGCACUGCCACCGAGUCACGGACCUGUGACCUGAAGCGAUGCCCGGGGAUGGAAGAUGAUCUGAACACAGCAACAGAAAAAACUCUGGAUGAGAAAGAAAAUGGAACGGAGUUGUUUGACUCGGAAGUGGACAGCUGCGAGAAGUGGCUGAACUGCAAGAGCGAGUUCCUGAAGAAGUACCUGACCAAGGCGCUGACUGACCUGCCCAGCUGCCCCUGCACCUACCCCACCGAGGCCGUGUACAGCAUCGUCAGCGUCCGCGAAGACGGCAAGGGCAGGUUCUUCCGCUGGCGCGACGCCAGUGGGCCAAAGGAGCGCCUGGACAUCUACAAGCCCACCUCCAAGUUCUGUAUCCGCUCCAUGCUCUCCUUCGACAGUGCCACCCUGGCUGCCCAGCACUGUUGCUAUGACGACCAGAUGAGGCUGAUCACCCGCGGGAAGGGCGCGGGGGCUCCCAACCUGAUCAGCACGGAGUUCUCGCCUGAACUGCACUACAAGGUGGACGUGUUGCCAUGGAUUCUGUGCAAAGGGGACUGGAGCCGCUAUAACGCUGUGCGCCCGCCGAAUAAUGGCCUGAAUUGCUCGGAAAACCCCUUGGAAGCCGACUUUAUGGCUCAGCUUAAGGAAGCAAAAGAGUAUUGAGAAAAAGAAUAUUUUUAAAAAAUGGAUGUUUUCACUAAUGACAAGCCACAUCACCUCUGGUAAUAUCAGCCUGUUUUUACCUGGCAGCCAUCAAUAUUGAUUAGAAACAGCAUCAGCCUGGUUCUAACGUUAAAAAUUUUAUAUUUACAUAUAAUUAUGUGUUCAUCCAAAGAAAGGGACCUUCUCUGCAUCAAGGCAUUGUCCACAAGAGGAAGAAUUGAGACGCGUCACCGGUGUGUCUUCCCUGUGUCUUAUUUGCAGCCUGUGCUGUGAUGUAACGAGAAGUUCUGUGGUUGUGUCACACACUAAUAUUGUCGGGAUUCCACAGUCGGAUCAUCUCACCCUUUUUCUCAGCAGCUCAAAGACCUGGGAGGUGACCGUCUCCAUCUGUGCUCGCUGGGUCUGUCGAGAUCCCUACUCUUUGACUUUCCCAGCUCCACCUCUCACCAGACCUUCGGAAGAAGAACCUGAGCUAUCUUCCACAUCGCUCAAGCCCGCUCCUGUCCUCUCGCAUCAAUGCUGACGGUAGUGGCCGAAUUGGUGGGCGCUGGAUUCAAACCAAGUCUCACUGGAGGGUAGAUGGUUGAGGACGAGGGGUGUGUCUGGGUGGGAGAGCAUGUUGAGAGGGUCCUUCAUUAUUACACAGGAGGCUAUGUUAACAUCCAUAGAUGUUAACCCAAGGCCACAAUUCCUACAGUACAACAGCAACUACAAUUUAGAAAGUACUUCAUUGAAUGUAACUUGCUGUGGGGCAUUCUGAUUUUGUGAUAGGUCCAUUUAUGUUUUGGUACUGCAGCUGGCUUUUGGCAUAAUAUUUGCCCACCAAUGAUAACUCAGACUGUUAAGCAUGGUCACCCUUUCAAAGCAGAGUUCAUUAUCUAUAAUUUUUUUAAUUGUCUAACAAAGCCUGAGGAACAACAGGCCUAUGUCCAAAAAUCUCUGCGCACAGCUUGUAUGCUGCCUUUGACCUCUGAUUAGAUUCAGUGUCCAGUCUAACACUGUCACACCAGGGCUUGAAGUCAAAAGAAGAUCUGACUUCCAGAACUUGAACUUGCUUUUGGUUCAUGUCUGGUUUAUGGAAAACAAAGCAAGGGAAUAACUGCUCCUUUUUCUGGCCUCUUGACCAUCUGUGAAUCUAGGAGCAGAAUUAGGCCAUUUGGCCCAUCGAGUCUGCUCCACCAUUUGAUCAGGGCUGAUUUAUUUUUCCCUCUCAACCCCAUUCUCCUGCCUUCUUCCCGUAACCUUUGAUGCUCUUACUAAUCAAGAUCCAAUCAACCUCCGCUUUAAAUAUACCCACUGACUUGGCCUCUACAGCCGUCUGUGGCAAUGAAUUCCACAGGUUCACCACCCUCUGGCUAAAGAAAUUCCUCCUCAUGUCUGUUCUAAAGGGACGUCCUUUUAUUUGGAGGCUGUGCCCUCUGGUCCUAGACUCUUCCACUACUGGAAACAUCCUCUCCACAUCCACUCUAUCCAGGCCUUUCAAUAUUCGGUAGGUUUCAAUGAGAUGCCCCCCUUGUCCUAAGCUCCAGCGAGUACAGGCCCAGAGCCAUCAAACACUGCACCACUGGUACCUUCCUCUGCCAAGCUCCCAAUCUUUGGAAUUCCUUCCCUAAACCCCUCCCCCCUCAUGGAGUCAGAGAGAAAUUCAGCCCAGAAACAUGGUCCUCAGCUCACCGAGUGCCAACCAACAGGCACCCACUUACACACCAGUCCUGCCCUGACCUAUUGCACCUCCUUUUAUGUUGCUCCUGGAAACCUACCUCUCUGACCCAAGUCCCAACACCUCUCUCUGCACCUCGUCCUCGGGUUUUGUUCGAUGAGCCUCCCUUCACCCCUCGUGGAAUGUUUCAAAUUGCCCCUGAAGUUUCAAGUAUAUGUGUCAGGAAAGGAAGUCCACUCGUCCACAGAGUAGAGUGCGGUCAGAAUCUAGCUGCUUCAUUAAAGGGGAGAAAAUCAGUUGUCCCACCUCCAGUACACCAGCCAUGAGCCGCUCUCCCUUUUCACUUUUAUUCCUGGCUUGGCAUUCCGAGGCCCUCAGCACCUCAUCUGGACAUUGAAGGCAAAAGAAAAUGGGAACAACUUUAUCUGUGGAGAGGAAAGAAUUUUAAGAAGGAAGAGAGGGCAAUGAGAAGAGCCUUGUGCCUUACCAGCCAUCAGCUUCAUGGGAUGAUUGGAUCCAUCAUUCUUAGCCCCUUUUGGAUGUGAAUGUCCCUGGCAAGGCUGGCAUUGAACGUGGGCAGCCCUUGAUUAGAGAGAGUUACUGCAAAUCAACCAUAUUGCUGUGGUUCUGAAUGCCCAUCGAACAGAUCAGCUGGGACAACUGAUUUUCUCCCCUUCAAUGAAACAAGUUAGAUUCUGACCACACUCUGUGGAUGAGUGGACUUCUCUUCCUGACAUGUAUACUUGAAAUUUCAGGGGGAAUUUGCACUUUGCCCCACCCUUCAUUUCCUCCCCUCCCCCACCAUUCUGACUUGAGCUGUAUUUUUAAUAGAAACAGAAAUUGCCGCCCUUCGGGUCACUUGCCUGAACCAUUCUCUCUGUUUCUCUUCACAGACACUGUCUGACCCACUGACUACAUUCAGUGUUUUUUUGGGGGGUUUUGUUCAGAUUUCUAGCGUCCACACCAAGCCCUUGUGGCCCACACCAAGCUCUCCUGAUCCACACCAACCUCUCGUGGCCCACACCAAUCUCUCCCAGCCCACACUAAGCUGUCAUGGUCCACACCAAGCUCUCGUGGCCCACACUGACCUCUCCUAAUCCACACCAAGCUGUCGUGGUCCACACCAAACUCUCCUGAUCCACACCAAGCUGUCAUGGUCCACACCAAACUCUCCUGAUCCACACCAACCUCUCGUGAUCCACACCAACUCUCCUGAUCCACACCAAGCUCUCGUGGUCCACACCAAGCUGUUGUGGUCCACAACAAGCUGUCGUGGUCCACACCCACCUCUCCUGCUCCCAGAUCUUUCAAUGGGCUGUCUGAUUUAGUCCCAGCUUUUUCCUCGUAACCUUGCCUAUGAAUCAUCUGCAUGUGAGGCAUCUUUUCUUUAUUCAUUCUUGGGAUCUCAGCACUAAUGGCAAGGCCAGUAUUGAGAAGGUGUCAAGUUUCUUGGGAGUUGCUGGAACUGCACUCAUCCAGGCAGUGGAUUGUGUUCCAUCACACUCCUGACUUGUGCCUUGGAGAUGGUGGUAAAGCCUUGGGGUGUCAGGCAGUGAGUCACUCGCUGCCACAUAUCCACCCUCUG